CAGCUGUCUCCGGUUCUGAGCAGACGGUGACUGGGCUGAUCUGCUGAAGGACAUGGUUCAGACUGUCCCAGACCCAGCAGCUCAUAUCAAGGAAGCGUUAUCAGUUGUGAGCGAGGACCAGUCAUUGUUUGAGUGUGCCUACGGGACGCCACACCUGGCCAAGACAGACAUGACCGCGUCCUCCUCCGGCGACUAUGGACAGACAUCCAAGAUGAGCCCACGUGUCCCUCAGCAGGACUGGCUGUCUCAACCCCCAGCCAGGGUCACCAUCAAGAUGGAAUGUAACCCUAACCAGGUGAACGGCUCAAGGAACUCCCCGGAUGAAUGCAGCAUGGCAAAAGGCGGGAAGAUGGUGGGCAGCCCAGACACUGUGGGCAUGAAUUAUGGCAGCUACAUGGAGGAGAAGCACAUGCCGCCCCCAAACAUGACCACGAACGAACGCAGAGUCAUCGUCCCGGCAGGUCAGAUGCUCAUACUUUGCUCAGUCUGCAAACCGUGCUUUUCCAGAGCACCAUUCCACUUUCUCUUCCUGCUUCUGGCUUCCAUCACCCUCACUGAUCUAGAGGAACUAUUGUACAUGGAGGCCAGCAGGAGUCUGGCCACCUUUGCGCCUCUUCCACAUUUGACUUCAGAUGAUGUUGAUAAAGCCUUACAAAACUCUCCACGGUUAAUGCAUGCUAGAAACACAGGGGGUGCAGCUUUUAUAUUCCCAAAUACUUCAGUAUAUCCUGAAGCUACGCAAAGAAUUACAACUAGGCCAGAUUUACCUUAUGACCCACCCAGGAGAUCAGCCUGGACUAGUCACGGCCACCCCACCCCCCAGUCGAAAGCCGCUCAACCGUCUCCUUCCGCAGUGCCCAAAACUGAAGACCAGCGUCCUCAGCUAGAUCCUUAUCAGAUUCUUGGACCAACAAGCAGCCGCCUUGCAAACCCAGGGAGUGGACAGAUCCAGCUUUGGCAGUUUCUCCUGGAGCUCCUGUCAGAUAGCUCAAACUCCAACUGCAUCACCUGGGAAGGCACCAAUGGGGAAUUCAAGAUGACCGAUCCUGAUGAGGUUGCCCGGCGCUGGGGAGAACGGAAAAGCAAACCCAAUAUGAACUACGAUAAACUCAGCCGUGCCCUCCGUUACUAUUAUGACAAAAAUAUCAUGACCAAAGUCCACGGGAAGCGCUAUGCCUACAAGUUUGACUUCCACGGGAUCGCCCAGGCCCUGCAGCCCCACCCUCCAGAAUCAUCUCUGUACAAGUACCCCUCGGACCUCCCUUACAUGGGCUCCUAUCACGCCCACCCACAGAAGAUGAACUUUGUGGCCCCCCACCCUCCGGCCCUCCCUGUGACAUCGUCCAGUUUUUUCGCCGCCCCAAACCCCUACUGGAAUUCGCCAACUGGAGGUAUAUACCCCAACACUAGGCUUCCCGCCAGCCAUAUGCCUUCUCAUCUGGGCACUUACUACUAG